AUGGCUUGCACGCACACCCCGUCUGUUGGCCCUCGGACAUGUAUCGGGCGUAAUUUGGCGAACCUCGAGCUGCAGAUUAUCAUUGGGUCAAUUUUCAAGCGCUUCCAUAUCGUUUUGGAGAAUCCUGAUGAAAAGUUCAAAGUACACGAGGGCGUCUUGAGAAAGCUGGUCGGAUGUCGUGUUGGCCUGAAGAGACGCGAAGUUCUCUAG